UUCUACUCUGUCAAUUCAACCCACACACUUUUCUCUCUUCGUGCUUUCUCUGACACUCCCUCACUUCAUCCUUCUACACAUUCACAUCUUCUCUGAAACAAUUACAAAGUGAGUGAAAGUAGUGUCCUAGCACUAGUAGUACAGUACAGAAAACUAGAAGAGCAACCAAAAUUUUCCAAUUAGCACUAGUAGUACAGUACAAAAAACUAGAAGAGCAACCAAAAUUUUCCAAUUGAAAAAGAAAUAACAACGAGAACAAAAUCUUAUCGUGAGAUCGAAUAACUGAAAAAAAAGGAAAGAAGAACAAAAAAUGAUAACGUGGAAAGACCUAUACACGGUCCUGACCGCAGUGGUCCCUCUCUACGUGGCGAUGAUCCUGGCGUACGGCUCGGUCCGGUGGUGGAAGAUCUUCUCACCGGACCAGUGCUCCGGCAUAAACCGCUUCGUGGCGAUCUUCGCCGUGCCGCUCCUCUCCUUCCACUUCAUCUCCACCAACAACCCCUACGCCAUGAACUUCCGCUUCAUCGCCGCCGACACCCUCCAGAAGAUCAUCAUGCUCUUCGCCCUUGCCAUCUGGACCAACCUCACCAAAACCGGUUCCCUAGAGUGGAUGAUUACCAUCUUCUCCCUCUCAACCCUUCCCAAUACCUUAGUCAUGGGAAUUCCACUCCUAAUCGCCAUGUACGGCGACUACUCCGGCUCGCUCAUGGUUCAGGUCGUGGUCCUUCAGUGCAUCAUAUGGUACACCUUGUUGCUCUUCUUAUUCGAAUACCGCGCCGCGAAAAUCCUAAUCAUGGAACAGUUCCCUGAAACCGCUGCCUCCAUCGUGUCGUUUAAAGUCGACUCCGACGUCGUUUCGCUCGACGGGAGGGACUUCUUGGAGACCGACGCCGAAGUCGGUGACGAUGGGAAGCUUCAUGUCACCGUUAGAAAGUCGAACGCCUCGCGUAGGUCGUUUAUGAUGACGCCGAGGCCUUCUAAUCUCACUGGGGCGGAGAUUUACAGCCUCAGCUCGUCUCGUAACCCAACACCACGUGGCUCAAACUUUAACCAUGCGGAUUUCUUCUCCAUGAUGGGGUACCAGCCUCGCCACUCCAAUUUCACGGCCAAUGAUUUGUUCUCCUCGCGUGGACCCACUCCGAGGCCUUCUAAUUUCGAAGAACCCUCAAUGCCUCAGGCGGUGACGGUAGCUUCUCCUCGGUUCGGGUUCUACCCGUCCCAAACCGUGCCAGCUUCGUACCCGCCGCCCAACCCGGAUUUUUCCUCCGCUACUAAAAACUUGAAGAAUCAAAGUCAGAAUCAGAAUCCGAACCAGAGCCAGAGCCAGAAUUCGCAGGCUCCGGCGAAGGGUGCCCACGAUGCGAAGGAGCUCCACAUGUUUGUGUGGAGCUCCAGUGCCUCCCCGAUGUCGGAGAAUGCCGGACUCAACGUCUUUAGCAGCACAGACCUCGGAACCUCCGAACAACCUGACCAGGGUGCUAAAGAGAUUAGGAUGUUGGUGGCUGAUAAUAAUGCACACUUACGAAAUGGUGAAGCCAACAACAAAGGUGGUUUGGAGGCAGUACUUGGUGUGGAAGACUUCAAGUUUCCGGUGAAUGGCGAAGAACAAGUUGGGGAAGAAAAAGAAGGGCUCAACAAUGGGCUUAACAAGUUGGGCUCAAGCUCCACGGUGGAGCUCCAACCAAAAGCCACCGUAGCCGGCGAGGCUUCCGCCGGAAAACACAUGCCUCCGGCAAAUGUCAUGACUCGUCUCAUACUCAUCAUGGUGUGGAGAAAGCUUAUCCGCAAUCCCAACACAUACUCUAGCCUAAUUGGUGUAGUAUGGUCCCUCGUUGCAUUCAGGUGGCACGUGCAUAUGCCCAAAAUAAUAGAGAAAUCAAUUUCCAUACUGUCUGAUGCCGGUCUUGGAAUGGCUAUGUUCAGCUUAGGUCUGUUUAUGGCACUUCAACCCAAGAUAAUAGCAUGUGGGAACUCUGUGGCUACAUUUGCCAUGGCCAUUAGAUUCCUCACUGGUCCAGCAGUUAUGGCUGCAGCUUCCAUAGCAGUUGGCCUCCGUGGCACCCUCCUACACGUUGCUAUUGUUCAGGCUGCACUUCCUCAAGGAAUUGUUCCGUUUGUGUUUGCUAAGGAGUACAAUGUCCAUCCAGCCAUUCUUAGUACAGCGGUUAUAUUUGGGAUGUUGAUAGCCCUUCCAAUUACCCUGGUCUACUACAUACUCCUUGGUUUAUAAUAUUCUAAUACCGAAGUAACCAAGAUUCAAGGAAAAAUUAAGCAAGUGAUUUCAACCUUUGAUGCUUUUUGAAGUUAGUAAGCAUGCGUGGAGACCACAGUGGAGUACGCUAAUGGACGAAAAUUAUCACUAACUAGUAAUUUUCACAACAGAGGAUGUAAUUCCAAGAUUCCGAGAUUUUGGGGACUUCAUCAGAAAAUUUGACCCUUUGGCAGUUAUCGUAUCAUUCUAACGCCUCCCUAUUUAUAAAAAAAAAAGGUCCAAGAUGAUGUAAUUUUCAAGAACCUUAAAGAGGAAGGAAUAACAGUGUACGGGAGACGUAACUGAGGAAAGCUAGCGUAAGCAAAGUCAAUGAUAUCUAGAAAUGGUUCCCUCUCUAUCAGCAUUUGUAAAUUUUAUAAGAAAAAUACGAUUUGGGUCAUCAAGUUAAAAAGACAGAUUAGUAUUUCAGUGGAGGAGAAAAAAAAGAAUGGGAUGACGAAGCCUUUCCUUUUA